AUGCCCUUCUCCCUCUCUUUAUAUAGAAAAUUUAAAAAUAAAAAAUAAAAAAAAAGUGGGGUUGUGAACUUUUUGAUGUUCUAACCUCAAAAAAAAAUUUGAAAUUCAAAGUCAUAAUCUUUCAAAUUGGAGCAACAUUUUGUCAAAUCUAACAGAAGAAUAAAAUGGAAGAAAAAUGGGGGAUUAAAAAGAUGGUAAUGUGCAUUUUGAUGUUAUGGAGUAUAAAUUUAUUAAAAGGAGCAAAUGGGUUAAGAUUUGUGAUUGAUAGAGAAGAGUGUUUUUCUCAUAAAGUUGAAUAUGAAGGAGAUACGGUUCAUUUUUCCUUCGUUGUUAUCAAAGUUGAUUCUGCUUGGCAUUCUGAGAAUGAAGGCGUUGUUGAUCUUGUGGUGAAAGGACCCGAUGGUGAACAACUCCAUGACACACGUGAAAAAAGUAGUGAGAAGUUUGAGUUUAUCGCUCACAAGAAGGGUAUCUACCACUUCUGCUUUGGUAACAGGUCCCCAUAUCAUGAAACCAUUGAUUUUGACGUGCUUGUUGGACACUAUGGAUACGUAGAUCAUCAUGCAAAAGAUGAGCAUGUGAGUCCAUUGUAUGAACAGAUUGCUAAAUUGGAGGAAGCUCUUUACAACAUACAAUUUGAACAGCACUGGUUGGAGGCUGAGACCGACCGCCAAGCAAUAAUCAAUGAAGGAAUGAGCCAAAGAGCAAUUCAUAAGGCAUUUUUUGAAUCAGCAGCACUAAUUGGAGCCAGUGUUCUCCAAGUCUACCUGCUCAAACGGCUGUUUGAGCGUAAGCUCGGGACAUCCAGAGUUUAGAGCUUUUUGUUGAUGUACGAUUACAUGCCUUAACUAUUAGGCCGCCCUUGUAUGUUUCCACUUGUGUGUUUUCUCUGUUCCUUUUCUCUUCCCCUUUUCUCUUGCCAGAGCAGUUUAGCAGUUUAAAUUAGCAGAUUGGGUGGGAUUAUCUAUUUAUGUUGAGAGUUAAAUUUUUGUUUGUUUGUAUUUCGUACUAAUAUGUAACAUCUGUUGUAGAAGUAUAUCUUGUAUUCUAUGUUUGACCUCACACUGAGACGAUGUAUGUUAGAAAUGCACUUGACAAAUGUUUUAUGAUUACCAGGACACUCAUUUUGCACUA